UAUAUAUUUAUUUAAUUUAAAAAUAUAAUAAAAUAAUUAUAACAAAAUGCCAGCUCGAGGCGCACCAGCUCCAAAUGGUAGUCCAUUCGGUACCAACCCAGAUGAAGAUAUUGUUAUUACUGGUAUUUCUGGACGUCUUCCAGAGAGCAGUACCAUUGAAGAGUUCAAGCAACAGCUUUUCGAUGGUGUUGAUCUCGUUACAGAUGAUGAACGUCGUUGGCCAUCUGGAUUAUAUGGAUUACCAACAAGAACCGGUAAAAUAAAAGACUUAAAAUCAUUCGAUGCCACCUUUUUCGGUGUCCAUUCGAAGCAAGCACAUGUCAUGGACCCACAAUUGCGUUUAUUGUUGGAAUGUACACAUGAAGCAAUUAUCGAUGCCGGUUUUAAUCCUGCAGAAGUACGUGGAUCAAAGACUGGUGUAUUCGUUGGUGUAUCAUCAUCUGAAUCUGAAGACUUUUGGAGUGCGGAUCCAGAUAAAGUAAAUGGAUAUGGUUUAACAGGAUGUUGUCGUGCCAUGUUCCCAAAUCGUCUUUCUUACACCUUCGAUUUCCAUGGACCAAGUUAUGCUAUCGAUACCGCAUGCUCCAGUAGUAUGUUCGCAUUACAUCAAGCCAUGGCAUCAAUGCGAAAUGGUGAUUGUGACUCCGCAAUUGUCGGUGGUGUAAAUCUUCUCUUAAAACCAACGUCAUCGUUACAAUUUCAUCGUCUUAACAUGUUAAGUCCACAUGGUAUGUGUAAAGCAUUCGACUCAUCUGGUAACGGAUACGUACGUGCUGAAGCAGUAGUUACAAUUUUCUUACAAAAAGCUUGUGAUGCACGUAGAGUUUACGCAACACUUAUCAAUGCUCGUACAAAUACUGACGGUAGCAAAGUACAGGGUAUUACGUUCCCAAGUGGAGCUGUACAAAAUCAACUUAUUCGUGAAGUAUAUGCAGAAGCUAAUGUUGAUCCAGCUGAUGUUGCAUACGUUGAAGCUCAUGGUACAGGUACCAAAGUAGGAGAUCCACAAGAAGUAAAUUCAAUUGCUGAUGUAUUCUGUAAGAAUCGUAAAAAUCCACUUCUCAUUGGAUCCGUUAAAUCGAACAUGGGUCAUUCAGAACCAGCAUCUGGUCUCUGUUCAAUUGCUAAAAUUUUGAUUGCAAUGGAAACAGGAGUUAUUCCUGGUAAUUUACACUUCAAAGCACCAAAUCCCGAUAUACCUGCAUUGCUUGACGGACGUUUACAAGUUGUCGAUAAGAACUUACCUUGGAAUGGUGGCUUGGUCGCUGUAAAUUCCUUUGGUUUUGGUGGUGCAAACGCACAUGUUUUAUUACGAUCAAAUCCAAAACCUAAAACAAUGGUUACCGGCUCACCAUCUAUUCCAAGAAUGGUUGCAGUAUCUGGUAGAACUGACGAAGCUGUUAAUGAACUCUUAGAUAACAUUGAAAAGAGUCAGAAUGAUGACGAAUUACUUUCUUUGAUUCAUGAUAUCCAUUCAUCAAACGUAGCUGGACAUCAUUAUAGAGGUUACAGUAUCAUGGGUGAAAAUUCUGUUCGUGAAGUUGAUAACACGACAGGUGAUAAACGUCCUAUUUGGUAUGUGUUCGCCGGUAUGGGAUGCCAAUGGCCUGAAAUGGCUAAAGAUAUGAUGCAAUUAGACCCAUUCAGAAAUACUAUCAAACGAUGUGCUGCAGCCUUAAAACCACAUGGCGUUGACUUAGAACAGAUUUUAAUAAAAAGUACUGAAGAUACAUUUGAGAAUGUUUUAAAUUCAUUCGUUUCUAUUGCUGCUGUUCAAGUAGCUUUAGUUGACACUUUAGCAUCUCUUGGAAUUCAACCUGAUGGUAUUGUUGGACACUCAGUUGGUGAAAUUGGUUGUGCUUAUGCUGAUGGAACUUUAACUGCCGAACAAGCUGUUCUUGCUGCAUUUUCUCGAGGUCGUGCUAUUCUUGAAAGUAAAUUGCAACCAGGUGCUAUGGCUGCCGUUGGUCUUACUUGGGAAGAAUGUAAAGCUAGAUGUCCACCAGAAAUUGUUCCAGCUUGCCACAAUAGUGAAGACAGUGUUACUAUUUCUGGUCCACCAGCUGCUAUCGACAAAUUCGUUAAAGAAUUAACAGCUCAAGAAAUCUUUGCUAGAAAUGUUAAAAGUAGUGGCGUUGCUUUCCAUAGUAAAUACAUCGCAGAUGCUGGUCCAAAACUACGUAAGAGUCUUGAAGAAUUAAUCACAAAUCCAAAACCAAGAUCACAUAAAUGGAUCAGUUCUUCAAUUCCCGAAUCAGCAUGGAAUACACCAUUAGCUCAAUUAAGUUCCGCUGCCUAUCACGUAAACAAUCUAUUAUCACCUGUUUUAUUCGCAGAAGCUAUCAAACAUAUCCCUAACAAUGCCAUUGCAAUUGAAAUUGCACCUCAUGCUUUGUUACAAGGUAUCUUAAAACGUGCAUUAGGACCAGAAGCUACAAAUAUUGGACUUAUGAAGAGAGCUCAUGAAAAUAAUUUAAUAUUCUUCUUAAGCGCCAUUGGUAAAUUGUACAAUGCUGGGGGUCAACCAAAAUUACAAACAUUAUACCCACUAGUAACAUAUCCUGUAGGAAGAGGUACACCAAUGUUAGCUUCCUGGAUUAAAUGGGACCACUCUACUGAAUGGGAAUUAGCUGACUUCUCUGGAAAGGGCAAUAGAAGUGGGCAAUUGGUUGUAGAUGUUGAUGUUAACAAACCUGAAGAUGCAUAUGUAGUAGGACAUACAAUUGAUGGAAGAGUACUUUUCCCUGCAACCGGAUAUUUGACACUUGUAUGGAAAUCUUUCGCCAAGCUUAGAAAUACUGACUUUGAACAAUUACCCGUAGUAAUUGAAAAUGUUAAAUUUUUACGUGCCACAAUUAUUCCCAAAGAAGGUUCAGUCAAAUUCUUAAUCAACAUUUUUGAUGGUUCUGGUGAGUUUGAAGUCUGCGAAGGUGGAUCAGUUGCAGUUACUGGUACAAUUCGUGUACCAGAAGAUAUAACAAAAGAACAAUUAGAUUUACCAAAACCUGUUGUUGAAAAGAAUCCAGAGUGGUUACCACUUAAAACUAGUGACGUAUACAAAGAUUUACGUUUACGUGGGUAUGAUUAUGAAGGAAUAUUCCGUGGAAUACUCGAAGCCGAUAACCAUGCUAAAGUUGGUAAAUUGAAAUGGGAAAAUAAUUAUGUUAGUUUUAUUGACACCAUGUUACAAUUCUCAAUUUUGGGAAAAGAUACACGUGGAUUAUAUUUACCUACUCGACUACAACGUUGCGUGAUUAAUCCAACAUUACACGCAAAAAUGGUGGAAAAUGCUACUGAAACUGGUGUACCAAUAACAAUGCACCAUGAAGUUGGUAUUUGCAAAGCUGGUGGUGUUGAAAUUCGAGGAAUGAAAGCUAGUUUAGCACCACGAAGACAAGCAACUCAAGCUCCACCAAAAUUAGAACGUUACGUUUUUAUUCCAAACGAAAAUGUCAAACAACUUUCAGUUGAUGCUUACAAAUCGAAAACGGAGGCUUUAACCGUACUUUUACAAAUUGCUUUAGAAAAUUCUGGGGGAGCCUUAAAAUUAAAAGUUGGUGAAAUUGCAAACGGACGUUCAGUUGAAAACAUUUUGGCACAAAGUGUUCAACAAAUUUUAGAAACCGAACCAAUGUUAAGUGUUGACGUGACUGUUGCUGUAUCUGACCCAACUACUUAUACUGAAGUUUUAGAGCCACUUGGAAUUAAAACUAGCCAAAAAGAUGCUACAGCCGGACCAAUUGAUGAAAACUUACAUGUGGUUGUUGCAAAUGAUUUACUAACUAAGAAUGAAACUGCUGUUUUAUCAAAUUUAAUCGCCUCAUUAAGAGCCGGAGGAUUUGUGGUCUUAGACGAAGUAAACAGUACAGUAUCACCAUCAGCACUAUCCAACCUUGGUGCCGAAUUUGUAUCCAAACAAGUCUUCGGUGAUCGAAUGCUUGUGUUACUUCGCAAACCAACUGAAUCUACAACUACUGGAACCGUGGUUGUUGAAAUUACUGAAAAGAACUUCGCUUGGGUUGAGCCACUUAAAGCAGCAAUGAAGAAAGCUGAAACCGAGAACACAAAAUUGUACGUUGUAGGACAAGGUGAAGAAUUAGUAGGUCUCCAAGGGCUAUUAAAUUGUCUCAAACAAGAACCAGGUGGUGUGAAUGUACGUCAAGUAUUCAUUCAAGAUGCUAAAGCUGAUAAAUUCUCUCCUACAAGUCCAAAAUAUGCUAAACAAUUACAAAAAGAUUUAGUAUGCAAUGUUUUAAUAAAUGGUGUUUGGGGUACUUAUCGCCAUCUCUUAUUGGAUAAUAUCACAGAUGCAAAUGGAGCGUUGCAAGUCGAACAUGCUUAUAUUAAUGCUUUAACUCGUGGUGAUUUAGCAAGUUUAAGAUGGAUUGAAGGGCCAUUGUCAUACUAUAAGGGUGACAAUCCAAAUUACGAACUUUGCUCUGUAUACUAUGCACCAUUGAACUUCCGUGAUAUUAUGCUUGCUACUGGAAAAUUGCCACCAGAUGCACUCCCUGGUAAUUUAGCUGGACAAGAUUGUAUUCUUGGUUUAGAAUUCUCUGGACGUAAUAGUAAGGGAAAACGUGUUAUGGGUAUGGUUCCUGCUAAAUCAUUAGCUACUACUGUAUUAGCUGAUCCUGGAUUCUUGUGGGAAGUUCCCGAUGCAUGGACUUUAGAAGAAGCUGCAACAGUUCCAGUAGUUUAUGGAACUAGUUAUUAUGCUUUAAUAGUCCGAGGACGUCUUCGUAAAGGUGAAUCUGUACUCAUUCAUGCUGGUACUGGAGGUGUUGGUCAAGCUGCUAUUGCCAUUGCCCUUCACAUGGGAUGUACUGUCUUUACCACAGUCGGAUCUAAAGAGAAACGGGAAUAUUUGAAGAAACGUUUCCCACAACUUACUGACAACAAUAUUGGAAACUCACGUGAUACUAGUUUCGAACAACUUAUCUUAACUCAAACUGGAGGCCGUGGUGUUGACCUUGUAUUAAAUUCUCUUGCCGAAGAAAAACUUCAAGCUUCUGUACGUUGUUUGGCUAAUGAUGGUCGUUUCCUUGAAAUUGGAAAAUUUGACUUAUCAAUCAAUGCCCCUCUUGGAAUGGCUGUAUUCCUUAAAAAUACAACAUUCCAUGGUGUUUUAUUAGAUGCCUUAUUCGAAUAUGAUUGCCCAGAAAAAACAGAAGUAUUCCGUCUUGUUACUGAAGGUAUUAAGAAUGGAGCUGUGAGACCUUUACAAGCCACCGUAUUCUCAGAAGAUCAAACAGAACAAGCAUUCAGAUUUAUGGGAUCUGGUAAACAUAUAGGAAAAGUGUUAUUGAAAAUUCGUGAUGAAGAAAAACAAAAAGGCGCUGUUAAACCUGCAACCAAAUUGAUUAAUGCCAUUCCAAAAACAUACAUGAACCCUGAUAAAUCGUACAUUUUAGUAGGAGGUCUUGGUGGUUUUGGUUUAGAAUUAGCAAAUUGGCUUAUUUCACGUGGAGCCACGAAAAUCGUUCUUACAUCUAGAAGCGGUGUUAAGGAUGGAUAUCAAUCAGUUAGUAUUCGUAGAUGGAGAGAAUUAGGAAUCAGUAUCCUUGUAUCUACGGCCGACGUAACUACUCAAGCGGGAGCUAAGCAACUUAUUACAGAAUCUUCAAAAUUGGGCCCAGUUGGAGGUGUUUUCAAUUUAGCUGCUGUAUUACGUGAUGCCAUGCUUGAAAAUCUCACUGAAGCUGACUUUAAAACGUCUGCUCGUCCUAAAGUUGACGGAACUAAACAAUUGGACGUUGCAACAAGAGCAUUAUGUCCACAAUUGGAUUACUUUGUUGUAUUCUCCAGUGUAUCUUGUGGUCGUGGUAAUGCUGGGCAAACCAAUUACGGUUUCUCCAAUUCUGCUAUGGAACGUAUUUGUGAAGCUCGUCAAAAAGCUGGUUUACCCGGAACUGCUAUUCAAUGGGGUGCUAUCGGUGAUGUCGGUCUUAUUUUGGAAACUAUGGGUGGUAAUGACACUGAAGUUGGUGGAACUUUACCUCAAAGAAUGCCUUCUUGCUUACAAACCAUGGACUUCUUCUUACAACAACCUCAUCCAGUCAUGGCCUCAUUAGUUUUAGCAGAAAAACGACGUGCAGGUGGUGGUGAUAACGCUGUUAGUUUAGUGGAUGCCGUAGCCAAUAUCUUAGGUUUGAAAGAUACAAAGAAUAUUUCACCAUCUUCUACUUUAGCCGAUCUUGGAAUGGAUUCCCUUAUGGGUACAGAAAUUAAACAAACACUUGAAAGAAAUUACGAUUUAGUUUUGAGUGCACAAGAUAUUAGAGGUUUAACAUUCGGUAAAUUGGGUGAACUUGGAAGUGGAGGCGCUGGAAGUACACCACCAGCUGCUGCCACCACAAAUGGUACAAAAACCACUGAAGAUGAACAAUUACGCUUUGAAGGAGACGAAAUUAUGCCUAAAGAAGCUAUUAUUCAAUUGCCAAGCAAAGCAAAGAGUGCAAAACAAUCACCUGCUGUAUUCGUAGUACAUGCUAUAGAAGGUACGACCUCAGCCUUAAAAGAAUUGGCCUCACAAUUGAAUGCACCUGUAUAUGGUUUACAAUGUACCAAGGAUGCACCUACAAAAUCAAUAAAUGAUUUAGCAGCAUUCUACGUUAAAUUAAUUCGUAAAACGCAACCACAAGGACCUUACAUUAUUGUUGGUUAUUCAUUUGGUGCCGGUGUUGCAUUUGAAAUUGCAUUACAACUUGAAGAUCAAAAACAAAUUACAAAAUUAGUUCUUCUUGAUGGCUCUCCCACUUACGUAGGAUCACAUACACAAGGACACAGAAGUAAAAAGGGAAUUUAUGAUGAUAUUAGUUUGGCCGAAUCAUCGGCUCUUGUAUAUUUCAUUAAACUUUUCCGACAAAUUGAUGAUGCUAAGGUUCAUAAAGAAUUAAUGGGAUUACCAUCAUUCGAUGAUAGAUUAAAUCUCAGUACACAAUUGAUGAAAGAGGCAUCAAAACAUUCCGAAGAAGAUCUUAAAAAUGCAGCCACCGCUUUCUAUUAUAAACUUGUUAUGAGUGAGGCAUAUAAACCAUCAUCCAAAUUCAAAGGAGAAGUUACAUUAGUUAAAGCUAAAGAAAAUUAUGUACAAUUAGAAGCAGAUUAUGGAUUAUCACCGGUGUGCAAACAAAAUGUCUCUAUCCAAACAUUAGACGGAACACAUAGAACAAUUUUACAGGGUACUUCCUGUAAGAGUAUUGCUGAUAUUGUACAAAAACUUACAGCGUCCACGUGAGAAAAGAAGAAAAAAAGGAAGAAAAAACGAAAGACUGUAAAGUGAAAAAAAAAAAAAAAACUUAUCAACAUUCCUUGUAUAUCUGUGUUAGAUUUAAAUUAUUUUUAAACAUCACAUACAAAGUAAAAACAAAUGUAUCUCAGUAAUUUAUAAGGAAAAUAUUAAAUUAAAAAAAUCAAAUUCUUAAACCUACAAAUUCUCAAACAUGACAAAAAAAUAAAUAAAUAAAAAU